GUCCAUGCCCGCCCUCACAUGAAUGCUGCUGCCGCUCCAGCACUAUCCUGUUGUCCCACAGUUCAGGAAGUUGUAAUCCAACGACCUGAGUCGGAUGUAUUCAGCGAUUCUAAGUCAUGAUAUCGCUUGUUGUGAUACUGGUUGUAAGUGUACAACUAUGGCCCGCUCGAGGGUCCCACGAUGUAGCAGAUCACGAUGCCUUCGGGAAGGGUGUCCGUUCCCUUGAGGUUGAUCUGAGCGUGGAUCUGUCUCGGAUUGUCCGGGAGGUGGACGAGCGCUUUCUGUCCGUGGCUAUUGAUGCCAGCCUUGUGGCCGAGGAAAAGUUCAUGUACAUGCUGGGGUCCCCAAAACUCAGGACGCUAGCCAAAGCGUUAUCCCCGUCCUAUCUGAGAUUCGGAGGGACCAGGCAGGAUUUCAUGGUGUUCAAUCCAGAGAAGUACCUCAUGCGGUCCCAUGGUUAUGAUCAACAGAAACCCGGUUUGAGUGCUGGACCAGAAGAUAGUUGUAAGAAGAUGGAGUUGCCUACACUACUGGAGGCGAGGUUGAAGAAGCAGUGGAUUCAACAGCAAGCACUACUCCGAAAAGAGAAUCUGCAGAAGAAGUACAGAAGGCGGGUAAAGUUUACAGAGUACUCUGUGGACCUCCUGACCUCCUUUGCCAACUGCACUGACAUGGACCUCAUCUUCGGUCUGAACGCCCUGCUGCGCACCUCCGACAACAUCUGGAACAGCAGCAACGCCCGGUCCUUGAUCAAGUACUGUGAGUCCCGGCAGUACCGCAUCUCCUGGGAGCUGGGCAACGAACCCAACAGCUAUGAGAAGAAGGCCGGUGUCCGGGUAUCCGGGUCCCAGCUCGGGGAGGACUUUGUUAAUCUCAGAGAAAUAUUACAAGACUCCAAGUUGUACCACAACACGGGCCUGUACGGCCCAGAUAUCAGCCAGCCGCGGGACCACCGGAAGGACCUGCUGCAAGGGUUUCUGACUACCGGCUCACAGGCGAUUAAUGCCUGCACAUGGCACCACUACUACGUGAAUGGACGAGAGGCAACACUCGCCGACUUCAUCAGCCCACAGGUUUUGGACUCUCUAGGGCUGAAGAUCAGCCAAGUUCUGGAGAGCGUCCACCUGGUGUCCCCGGGUAUGAGGAGCUGGCUGGGGGAGAGCAGCUCAGCGUAUGGCGGGGGAGCGGAGGGGCUGUCGGACGCCUUCGCAGCCGGAUUCAUGUGGCUGGAUAAGCUGGGACUUGCUGCUAAGAUGGGUCUGGACGUGGUUAUCAGACAGGUGUUGAUCGGUUCUGGAACGUACCACCUGGUCGACGACAACCUGGACCCCCUUCCUGACUAUUGGCUGUCGCUUCUCUACAAAAGACUUGUUGGCCCUGAGGUUCUGAUGGUUGAACGACUUCUUCUUGCUGGCCUCCAAAACCCGAGGCGGAAAGUGCGGGUUUAUCUUCACUGUGCUAACCGAAACAGAGGCUACAGUAAAGGCGCCGUCACACUGAUGGCCAUGAAUCUGGCUGCUAGACCAUCCAGGCUGACUCUGCCUGCCCUGCUGUCGCCCAGCACAGUGGAGGCCUUUGUCCUGCAGUCGGACCAGCCAAACGAGGCAGGACUCUACUCUAGGUCUGUGAUGCUGAAUGAGAAACUGCUGCAGAUGUUAGACGACCAAACUCUCCCCGAGCUGAAGGGUAACAUUCUGCCCCCAGCGGACCAUCUCUCACUUCCUGGAUUCUCCUUGGCUUUCUUUGUCUUUACCGAGGCCGAAGCAGCAGCCUGUCAUUGACCUCUGCUGGACGAAGUAGGAAGUGCAGCACUGGACACACGACUACUGGCCUUUUUCCACUACUAUACUGUCCCUGUGCGGCACGGUUCCACUCGGAGGGGCUGGGUUUUGCAUUUCCAUUACAACCGGGCAGAUGACGCACUUUUCUUGAGUCGUUGACGCAACAACACACACUUUGAUUCCCUAUUUAUUUUUAUAUCCCAUCAUAAAAUCUGAUCGAUUUAAUUUAAGAGACAUUUAAUAUAUUUAAAUGGUUUCAGAUGGACGGCGGCCCGCCCCACAUAGUGCUAUUUACGAAGAUUCAAUCUGUUUGACGCGCUAUUUUG